AUGGCCGCGAUCCGCUCUCGAGCAUAUUCAUCCCGUACUUACCGGAGGCGGGCAAAGUUGAGGCUCUGGGCGUACGCUGUGCUACUACUACUUAUCGGGCUCGAACCCCGCCUGUCUGCAGCUGCAUCUGCGCAUGAAUUUUUUAUUAAAGCAUCUUCCGUGCCGCAUACGCCGCACGUGUCAUUAUCAGCAGCAGCAGCAGCAUCGGGGCAUGAGAUCGAGCCGCGCCUGUCAACAGCUGCAGCGUCUGGGCAUGAGGCCGUGCGAAACUCUCGCUCCCUCUCAACUGCCUUCAAAAGCAUAUCCGGUACAAACCGAUCCGCUACCGCGUCCAAGCCACACGCUGCGCUAAAAAGCACGCCGCUGUUCCCGUCAAUUCUCCGUGCGCUUGCGCAAUUCUCCUUCGAGACGACUCGGUUCUCUCCGAUACCCGGUUCGGUCGGCAACGUCGCGAAUAUAGCAGGAGUCGAGCCGCGGGAGGUCGAUUCGCGGGAGUUGGCUAAGAGCACCAUCAGCAUCAGCAGCAGUGUGAGCAUCAACAACAGCAGCGGGUUUGGCGUGGGACGUUGGGACUACCGAGCAGCAGCCACGUUCUAUGGAGAACCCGAUGCUACAGGAACCAUGGGCGGCGCAUGCGGUUACGGUAACCUGUACAACACCGGUUACGGCACCAUGACAGCCGCAGCAUCUAUCGGAAUCUUCAACGAUGGUUUGCUCUGCGGCGCGUGUUACGAGGUGGAGUGUCUAGGAUCGCCGGCUGUGCCGCCCGGGUUUAAAGUCUGCUCGGGAAAGCGCGUGAUUAUAACGAUCACUAAUCUGUGCCCGCCAGGCGGUAACGGCGUGUGUAACGCUCCGCAUCGGCACCUGGAUAUGAGCGAACCAGCCUGGCAGGUGCUUUCCCCAAUUCGAGCCGCGGGGAUUCUUAAAACGCGGAUGAGGCGCGUUCCCUGCAGAAAGAAGGGCGGAAUAAUAUUUCUGAUGACCGGAAACCCUUAUUACUUGCAAGUUCUGGUGUAUAAUGUGGCGGGGGUUGGGAGUAUAUCCGGGUUUGAAGUGAACGACGGGAGUGGGAUGGGUUGGGAGCGGUUCCAGCACAACUGGGGCGCGUAUUACUCCAAGAGCAAGAAAUACGGCGGGAGGUCUCUAUCGUUCAGAGUAACUGCGAGCAACGGCGAGGUGCUGACGAUUGUGAAUGCUGUUCCUGCUAAUUGGUCUCUUGGGGUGGCGUAUCAAAGCAGACUCAACUUCAAAGCAAAGCCCAGACAAAUCGAGGCGCAGAUUCAAUCCGCCCUUGCUAACUUCACCACCGAUGGCGGAAACUCGGCGCGGAAAAAGGGGGGUCACAAGAGCAGAAACGGCAAGAAAAAAGGCCACAGAACCGGCAAGAAAGGACGGCACCACCCCUUGCGAGGCUCGGGAGCCGUUCUCGAUUCCGCCCAGGUCAAGGGUUACGAUGGCGAAAACGACUCUGGUGACGGAAUCGGCGAGAUUGUUACGCUGCCUACUGGCCCCGGCAGCAACGGCCCCGUUAAAGGCAUGGCGCGCGCCCAAAGCGUUCUCCUUCAGCUGUCUUAUAUGGAGGCGACGCUCGGUACUGCGUCGAGGCGCGCGGAGGAGACGAGUUCUUGCGGGAAGUUGCUGUACCGGGCGCACUUUCAAAUCCCCAAGGCAAUUGAGCUGGCCGAGAAAGGCGCGCUGAUUAAAGCGGGCUGGAAAGUCUCGUUUGCGCGGUCGCUUGUCGAGGAAUGCCUUAAUGCGGAUCCGCACUCGUCGGUAGCGGAGCUCGCGGAGGCGGCGCGGACAGCGGCAAACCUGCUGAUGCCGGACCUGAAGAAAAACGACAACGCCAACUGGCAGCGAAUCCAAUGGCUGAAAGAUCGCGAGGUGGAUCCGAUCGACACCAACGGAGAAGCAGAGCCGUUGGAUCCUCUGGAGAUCGACUACUGCGAGAAAUUUUCGGAAAUCGACAGCAACAAUGUCAAGAUUCGGGUGGACACGUCAACCCCUUGCCGCGGAAGCCGCGUGCGCACGGACGUGCAGUACCCGUCGGGUAUCUUCAGUGCGCGGAUCAAGUGCCCUAAGGGGGACAUCAGCGGCUUGGUUCAAUCUUACUAUUUAUCCUCGUUAGAAGGCAGCCGCGAUCAGGACGAGAUCGACUUCGAGUUCCUGGGAAAGGACAAAUGGCAGGUGCAGACAAACUACUACGUGGACGGCAAGGGCGGGAGGGAGGUUUUGAUCCCAUUAGGGUUCGACUGCUCGUCGGACUUCCACGAAUACGCCAUGUUCUGGAACGAGAAUCAAAUCAUAUGGCAAAUUGAUGGCAAGGUGGUGCGUGUGGCAAAGCGCAAGGACGGGGAGCCAUACCCAGUGAAGCCCAUGUAUGCAUACGCGUCCAUCUGGGAUGCGAGCUACGUGCUUGAUGGGCGCUGGUCGGGCGACUGGCGUGGCUGGAACGAGCCCUACAUUGGCGAGUACGAGGACUUGAAGGUCGUCUCACCUGCACCCGACGUCUCCUGCCCGUUUGGCGAAUUCAGCGAACUCCUUCGCGAAACGCUUAAGAAGGUUCCUCCCAACAUGCAGUGGUUCUCCUGGGGCUUUGAUCAAGUCAUGUUCCUGUUCCACAUCUACCAAGGCUACAUAUUCUCCAUAGCGGCAUACGAGUGCUUCACCCGCAAAGAAGCUCGCAGCAAACUCACAGCCCUCCGCAACCUCUUCCUCUCCUCCGCCUCCAUCCCUUCCCCUCCCACAAAACCUUCUGACCUGUCCAAAGCUGCCCGCGAAACCCUCGAAACGGCCAUGAAAUCGUGGGUGGUGAAUUCCCGAGGGGUGGUCCCGGCUCGACUCAUCCUGAUCCUCCAUCCAGGUGCCCCAAAGAAAUUCCUAACCAAGGAAGACCAAGCUCCGGAUUUCGUACAGGCAGCAGAAGGCAGCGGCACGGCUCGUCUCAAAAGCGCACUGGAAGAAAUCGAUGAGAACGAUGACGAUUUUGUCUUCACCAUUCGCAAGCCCGGGACCGGGAACAACGGGACCGGCGACGACGACGACGGUGAGGAUUUUGUCUUCAACAUUCCGAAGAAGAUCGUGCAGGCAGUUGCAGCCCCCAUUAUCUUCACCAGCCCGCAUCCCAGACAGACGCCUGGAUUCGGCCAGGGGCCUGCAGGUGCUGGUGGGAACAGCGGGAGCAGCAACCGGGUUCCCUCAGGACAACAGUCCGGGCGAAAAAGCCCUGCCAUGUCCGGCGCUAAGGUCUCCCCCGAGGAUGCUGCAGCAGGAGGAGGGGGAGAGGGAGGGGGAGGCGAGGGGGCGCCUGCUCAGAGCGGGCUGAUAGCCAGAGCCAGAGCCGCGUGGUCCGUGCAGGUGGGGCGGUCGGGGGGUAAGGACGGGGGCGGGACGUGGGAGGGGGAGAAGAUUCGCGGGCAAGUGGGGAAUUUGGCCCCGUCUGGGCUGACCUGGGAGGAGGAGAUUGCGUCGCAGCUGGCGGCGGUAGGGGUGCUGGUGGGGCCGGCGAAGGCCCAGGCCAUGGCUGCUGCGGCCGCUGCUGUGAAGGAAGGGAAGGGCGGCGGGGGGGAUGGGUCUGGCGGCGGUGCUGCUGGGGGGGGCGGGGGAGCGGGGGCCGGAGGAGGAGCGGCAGGGGCAGGGGCAGGGGCAGGGGGGGGGGCAGCCGGAGGCGCAGGAGGAGGAGGAGGAGCAGCAGUUGCUACAACUCCUAGAAGCAGGCUGAAUCAGCCGCCCAUCGAUCACGCACGCUCCUUCUCCACUGCAGGGUCCGGGACUGGGUUUGGCAUGCAGGGUUCGCGGCUGAUAGACCGGGUGUAUGUGGGUAUGCCCGCACAGGCGGCCGGGAGGAUUUUUGCGCGCAACACGUCCAUGCCCAAUGGCGGGCGGCCAGCUGGUGGCGCGAUCGGAGCAGGGAUUGGCGGGGGCCUGGGGCGGCUCGCUAGGGGGCUGAAGAAGACGUUUAACCUGCAGAGCAGUCAUGAUAAGCUGAUUGGUUGA